CAUGAGCCAAAACCCAAAAUUAGGGGUUCGGGUACCAAAAAGGUGAACAGAUCCAACAUGGAUUUUCUGUUAGACUGACAUCUGAAGUGUCCGAAAUCACUUGAUGGACUUCUCAGACUGGUAGCUUAAUGCCUGUAUGGAGGCCAUCUUUAAGAAUGGUUGACGUUUUGGGGGAAAAAAUCAAGACAUCAUUAAAAGGACUGUGACUACUUACAGAAAUGUUACAGAAAGGUCUAACAUAGUUCAUUGGAUUUGUAAUGAAAUUCCACGUAUUUUCAUGUACAAUUUUCUAUAUUAUACUUUGUAAUUAGAUCAGAAAUAACACAAAUGAAAGUAAAAAUUAGGCAUUUUCUACAUUUUUUCAGCAUAGACUUAGCAAAGUUUUCAUAACUCCUUUUUAAAGCAACACUGGACAAAGUUUCACCUUUGGGCAUCUGUUUCACAUCCUAAGCUAUCUGUAUAAUAGCUUGUUUGUGUUAUUAAUGCAUUCUCCGAAUUCCAGAAAUCGUAUUAACGAGAUAGCGUAUUUUCGGCAAAUAUUCAAGCUUAGUAACAAGCCAAUAUACACUUCAUAUAAAACGCAUAUUUUCUAUCUAUCUAUCUAUGUAUCUAUUAAUAUGCCUGUGAUGUAAUUGAAACUGUCUUUAUUUCAGAUUGCUAAGAUCCAACAUGGCGGAGCAAUCAAUGAAGAGAAAAAGACCUAACCCUGAUAUUGGUACCUGCGCAAUAUGUGGGAAGGACUCACCUUUGGAUAAGCUUAUACUGCCAAAGGACAGUGACUCCUGGCAAACACUUUAUCAAGCAGCACUGACAAGAAACGUCGACUCUAUCAUCAAACUGUACGUGGACGACAAGACGAUUCCAAACAUACUGUAUCACCGAGAAUGUCGGUCUGACUUCACGCACAAGAAACAUCUGGCAAAAUAUCAGAAGUCUGUGGAGGUGUCUGUUGAGCCUACGCAGUCGGAAACAAGACACUCCCAACGCCGUGUCCCUGCUCAAACCUCAACAGUAUAUGACCCAAUCUGUAUAUUCUGCCAACGGGUAUCCAAGUAUGUCAAGGGUACCAAAACCAGGGAGCCUCUAACCCAAGCUGUAGACCUAAGAGCCGACCAAAGGAUUCGAGAUGUCGCAACCCAUCAAUGUGAUGAUAGGAUACUCUCUGUUGUGUCGAGAGAUAUCGUGGCUGCUGAGGCCCAUUAUCACGUGACCUGUUACAAGCUGUACACCCGUGGGCCACAUUCUUCACCUGAAUCGACAGAAAGAACCAAAGAUCUUUAUUCUGAGGAAGAGAAAACAGCGCUUGAUUUCCUCUUCCAUUACAUCCGAACUGACAUCUUUUUAAAUCCGCGAAUAGUUCCUCUAGCUGACAUCACGGCGAAACUUGUAACCUUUCUAGUUGAGAAGGGGCUGCAUCCAAAAGACUCCACAAAAAAGCACCUCCGCAGAAGAUUAGAACUGGAAUUUGGGGAAUCUUUGCAUUUUUUCACUCUAUGCAACAGGGUGUAUGUCAGGCCACAAAACCUUUCCAUAGACUCAAUUGCAACAGAUUUCCUGAUUCUUCAAAAUAAAUUUGAAGCAUACAUGAAAAGCAAAGAUACUGAACAUCUGCUCAUGAAGGUAGCUCUGCUCCUGAGAGAAGAUAUCAAAUGUUCUACCAAUGAGCAAUCUUGGCCACCACAACCGGAUGAGCUGACAAAUGCUUACGUCAAAAUUCCUGAAAAUCUCAAGAUAUUCUUAAAUGUACUUCUUGGUCACCAGGCUUGCUGCAGUGCUUGGUAAGGAUGUGUGCAGGUCCCUAAUCGGACUCCAUGCUUGGACUGGCUGUGACACAGUUAGUUCCUUUGCUGGACAGGGGAAAGUCAAAGCGCUUGCCUUGGUACAAAAGGAAAACAAAUUUAAGGUGGCUUUUGGAGACCUCGGCCGGGAGUGGCGCGUGACAGAAGAACUGUUCGAUAUAAUUCAAGAGUUUACGUGCAGGCUUUACUGCCGCAACACCAGUGUCUCAAAGGUUAAUGCACUGAGGUAUGACAUAUUUCAGGCAAAAAAGGGUGACGUGGUUUCUGGCCAGUUACCACCAUGUGAAGAUGCACUUCGACAGCACACCUAUCGAGCUAAUUAUCAAUCCGCGAUAUGGAGAAGAUGUCUAAAAAAUCAGCCUUCUGUACCAAGCCCAACAGAUGGUCAUGGAUGGAACAUGACUGAUGGCGACAUAGCAAUUACGUGGUACACCGGAGCUGCAGCACCAAAUGCUAUUCUCGCUUUACUGGUCUGCAAGUGUUCCCGCUCCUGUGGCAGUGACUGUCCAUGUGUUCUAAAUGGCCUACAGUGCACACCUGCUUGCAAGCUACAGAACUGCAGUAAUUUGCAAGAUGAUGAUGA